AUGGUUGCUGCUGCCGCCAGAAUGCGCACCCCCAGCGCCAUGUUCAUGGUCCGGGGCGCCACCCCCAUGCGCCGUCCCCAGGCUGCCUACAAAUUCCAGGAAGUCCUGCAAUCUCAAUUGCCUUCCAUCUCCGCUCUCUCCCGCUUCUAUGCCUCCAAGUCCUUCCCUCCCCACACCAUCAUCAGCAUGCCCGCGCUGUCGCCGACAAUGACUGCAGGAAACGUCGGCGCGUGGCAGAAGAAGGCCGGUGACAGCCUCCAGCCCGGUGAUGUUUUGGUCGAGAUUGAGACCGAUAAGGCACAGAUGGACUUUGAGUUCCAGGAUGAGGGUGUCCUUGCAAAGGUUCUGAAGGAGACCGGCGAGAAGGAGGUCCCCGUUGGCUCGCCCAUUGCCGUUCUUGUUGAGGAGGGUGCCGAUGUCUCUGCCUUCGAGUCUUUCUCCCUGGAGGAUGCUGGUGGUGACAAGCCCGCCCCGGCCGCUGAGAAGAAGGAGGAGCCCAAGAAAUCGGAGCCCUCGGCCCCGGCCCCCUCGUCGGAGCCUGCCGCCAUCGAGCCCGAGACCUCCGGUGAGAAGCUCCAGCCUUCUCUGGACCGUGAGCCUUCCAUCUCCCCCGCGGCCAAGGCCCUCGCCCUUGAGAAGGGUGUCCCGAUCAAGUCCCUGAAGGGUACUGGCCGGGGUGGUGUGAUCACCAAGGAGGAUGUUGAGAAGUACACGCCCAGCGCCACCGCUGCCCCAACCUACGAGGAUGUUCCCGUCAGCGGCAUGCGCAAGGUCAUUGCCAACCGUCUGAAGCAGUCCAUGCAGGAGAACCCCCACUACUUUGUGUCCACCACCCUGUCGGUUACCAAGCUCCUCAAACUCCGCCAGGCCCUGAACGCCUCCGCCGAGGGCAAGUACAAGCUUUCCGUUAACGACUUCCUGAUCAAGGCUUGCGCUUCCGCUCUCCUGAAGGUUCCCCAGGUUAACUCCAGCUGGAUCGAGGAGAACGGCCAGGUCGUCAUCCGCGAGCACAAGUCCGCCGACAUCAGCGUCGCUGUCGCCACCCCCACCGGCCUGAUCACCCCCAUCGUCAAGGGCGCCCACGCUCUGGGUCUGUCUAGCAUCUCCAACCAGGUCCGCGACCUGGGCAAGCGUGCUCGCGAGAACAAGCUCAAGCCCGAGGAGUACCAGGGUGGUACCUUCACCAUCAGCAACAUGGGUAUGAACCCCGCUGUUGAGCGCUUCACCGCCAUCAUCAACCCCCCUCAGGCCUGUAUCCUGGCCGUCGGCACCGUUCGCAAGGUCGCUGUUCCCGUCGAGACCGAAGAAGGUACCGUCACCGAGUGGGAUGACCAGAUCAUCGUGACCGGCAGCUUCGACCACAAGGUCGUGGACGGUGCCGUCGGUGGUGAGUGGAUCAAGGAGCUGAAGAAGGUUGUCGAGAACCCCCUCGAGCUUAUGCUGUAA